AUGCAUGCGUCCUAUACGUACGGCAAGUUUAGACGGGAAUUCGGUAAAUGUUGCCGGUUCAGCAAAUGGGGCCCAAAAGUGUUGGUGGACAUAAAGCCAGAGCCCGAGUUGGAUGAACAAUGGUUACAAAAAAAUCCGGUUAACAAGGAAACUAAUUUAGGGAUUGAGUGGUCCGAGCAUGAUGUAAGUUCAAUUGAUUAUUUCCGUUUUUUCAAAUUGUAUGUUAAUGUAUAACUGUAUAACCUUUAUAGGCAAAUACAUUGCGCGUGGAGUACGCCCAACAUGGUAUUUGUCACGCGGAAGGUGGUUGGCCAAAAGAUAUGAGUCUGGACGAUCCGGAACAAGUGGUGAGGUUCCGGAAAAAGGCGGAAAAAGAAGAAUCGUAUUUACAAUCUGUUAUGCAAAUGUCAAGCGUGAGUGUCAACAAAUUUCUCUAAAAUACAAUACAAUAGGUGUAAAUAUAGAUUUUUCAAAACUUUACCUACGUUUUUAACGUACCUACAAUUAUUUUGAAUUCUAUCUCUUGUCGCAUUUCUCAUAUUUGAUAAUUAAUAGGGCGGUUAUUUCAAUCGGAUACUAGGUUUUUGUUUGUAGACUUAAAACAAGUUCAAAUAGUUGUGAAAUAAUGAUUUAUUUGUAGAUUCUGAGCGGAGCGAGGAAUAUAUUGGUUUUACUAUGAUGGUUCAUGAGGUUCAUUAUGAGUCGUACUUUGUGGUAAAAUCAAUUUUUGAAUGUAAAAUAGAAUUUUAGUAUCAAAUUUUAACGAAAAUCGUAAAAAUUUUAAAUAAUGAAGUCGUUACGCCGUAAUUUGAAAAAAAAAAUGUAAUUUUUCGUUUUUUUUUUUUUUUUUGUACUUUCCCAAUUAUUUUGAAAAUACUUAAGAAAUUAAAAAACUACUUUCUUUGUCAGUGGAUGAAUAUAUUAAAAUUAAUACAUUCGAUAUCUUGACGUUUUUCGAUUGGAACAAUAUUUAUGGUAGAUACGUGUACAUCGUGUAUAUAAAUUAAAAAUAAUAUAAAUCCGUUACGCCGCGCCUUAAAUACUUACCGAUUUUCCUAUAAUUUUCUUUCGGAUUUUUCCCAAUUAUUUUGAAAAUUCCUUAGAAAAUCAAAAAAUGACAUCCUCAACGCACUAAUUAGAGGAAAUUUUCUUUCAGAAAAGGUGCUACACUUGAUACUUCGGAGCAAUGUUUUUCGGCGGAAAAGUUGUUCAUGGACAGAAAAAAUACAAAAUACAAAAAAAAAUUAAAACACUCAUAAUAAUAAAACCAAUAAAUCCCUCGCUAUGCUCCAAAUUUCAAAUCUUUCCAAACAUUGGUACCUACGUAAUUGUACGGUACAAUAUUAUUAUAAUAUUAUAGUAUAGUUGAAUAAAUAGUGCAAAUAUGUAAUACAUGAUUAUUAACUUAUUAUUAGUCCAUACUAAAUAGUUUAUAAUAUUAUUUUUUAUAUUCGAUAAGACUAAUAUAGAAAGGACUAAAACCAUUAUUUUAAAAGAAACGCGUUUCUUUCUAACACCGUCUUUUCGUAGCAAUAAAAUGCAUUCUAGUGUCAAAAGUAGUUCAUUAUCGUUUAUUAUUGAAAAGUAUGUGAGAUAUUCUUACUAUCAUUCGCUUGAAAAUUAAAAAUAUAUUCACAUAAUAUAAAAAGUAACAUUAUAUUAUUAUACACACGAUAUAUUAUCUCAUAUUACGUUCCUAUUUUACAGACCUCUGAACAUUUCAUUAACCAAAAUAACAGCAUAGACAUUUAUGGAAAGUACUUUAUGGACCCGAAAUGCCAACAAAUGCAAACGCUGGCACCGUCUUUUAGGACGGUGGCUGUAAUGUCGGAUCCCCGGGAACCGAUCAGACCGGUACAACAAAUAUCCUGGUCACCGGACCAGGGUACGUUGAUAGCCGUCAGUUAUGCCGACAUGCGUUUCCAGAUGGCUGAACCGGACAUUAGUCCCGACUCUUUUGUUUUCGACUUGGGUAAGCGGUCAAGUUGUUUUUUUUUUUUUUGAACAUAGGAUUCGUAAGUAAGUAUAAAAAUAUGUUAAACCGAUGGUUACGUCGACGGCUAUAUUUACAGAGGACUCUACCGCCCCUUACUUUACUAUCGAGUCACCGCACCCGGUCGUCACUCUUGACUUCAAUCACAGGGACGCGCAGUGUCUGUAUGGCGGACUCAUGAGUGGUCAGGUGGCAUUUUGGGAUAUGCGUAAAGGUUCGGCCAACGCUGCCAUUAGCAACAUAAGGCAUAGCCACCGGGACCCCGUCAGAAGUCUCUAUUGGAUUCAUUCAAAGUCUAGCACGGAGUUUUACUCCGGUUCCAGCGACGGUCAGGUAGCCAUCCAAGUCAUUUAAAUUAAAAUAUAAUUACGCUUAUUCUCGUAUUGAUCUAGCCAACUUAAAUAUAUUAAUGUAUAAAUAUUGCGCCGUGCUUGUUCGCAAGGUCAUGUGGUGGGAUGCCCGGAAACUCUCAGAGCCCCUUGAAGUAUUAGUGUUGGACUUGUCAAAAAACGAAAACGAAGACGAACCGGAAUGGACGAGGUGGGCCCGGUGCCAUGGGGUUACAUGUAUGGACUAUGACCCUUCAAUGCCAAUACGGUUCAUGGUACGUACGGUUAUGAUAGAUUUUAAGCAAAUAUAAAUGAUACAAUAAAAAAAUAUCAACCUAGUUUCGGUAUAAGGCCUAUUUUCAAGCGCAAUAAUAAUGAGAAAAAAAAUUUAAAAAAUAAUUAUCCAUGUUAGUUUUAUUGUUUAUAUAUGUUAACAACAAGCUAACUACUAUUGUAAUCCAAUGAUCAAAUAAUUAAUACGAUUAUUGUUGUUUUUAUUUAUAUACUAAAUUACCAAAUUCACUUUAAUACUAGGUAGUAUUAGUUUUAAUACAUUUGGGAUACCCUGAUUGUUAAAUAAACCUUAUGAAAGGCGUCUUUUGGCGAUACAGUUUUCCGUAAACAGUUUGUUGCAUAGUUUACUGGAGUUUGCUAAUUGGUUUCAAUAUUGCCAAAACGCUUUUUUUACCAAAGCAUAACCAAUAUCCAAAGACAGUAAACGUAAUUUUUAAUUGUUUGCUUUUUUCGGUAACCUGGUUGUCUAAAUGUGCAUUUAGUAACAAAAAAUUAUAUUAUACAAUAUUAGCAAUUAGAUUUUUCACUUAACUCUAAAUAACCAUAUUGAUCAAAACUACAUCGUUAAACCACUCCUAUUGUUAUUCAAUUAAAUUAAAUAGGUUUAAUUUUGGGUAUCUGCCAGUUUAUGUUAAAUAAAAGCUAAGGAAAAAGGAACAAAAAAAUGUUCACUAGGCACUACAUAAGAAAUUAAAAUUUGAAUAAACUUUUUUAAAACUAACUCAAGUAUCAUUGUUAUAAAUUUGUAUUUCUUAUUCGUUCAAUAUUUUAGAUAGGGACAGAAACCGGAUUGGUAUUUAACGGCAACCGCAAAGGGAAAACUGUUUUUGAAAAAAUAGCGGCCACUUAUAACUGUCACUACGGCCCAGUAUAUUCGGCCCAGCGAAAUCCGGCGUUUUUAAAAAACUUUUUGACCAUUGGAGAUUGGCAAGUGAGAAUAUGGUCCGAAGAUAUAAAAGAAUCCCCUAUAAUGUGGACCAAGUAUGCGUUAGAUGAAUGUAAAGAUAUAACCGUUUUACUUGUGUUGUCUUUUGGUUUGGUUUUUAGACAUCAUGACGUGAGACUUACUGACGGUGCGUGGAGCGAGUCAAAACCGUCAGUUUUUUACUCGACCCGAUCGGACGGCUGCUUAGACUGUUGGGACGUUUUACAAAAACAGAAAGAUCCGAUACUCACUAUUAAGGUGUAAAAAAAAAAUUAGAAAAAUAAUACACGAUCCUAAUAUUGCUGUAUUUUAUUUUUUUUUUAUCAGGUAGCAGACAAAGGGUUAAAUUGUAUUCGCUGUCACGAAGGUGGAGCGCUGUUAGCCGUCGGUGACGACUGCGGUAAAACGUAUGUCAUCAAAAUGAAUGAUUGGUUUGUAACUCCUGGAAAAAAUGACAAGGCAUUAUUGACGGCCGUACGUCCCAUAUACGAAAUAGUAGUUUAACAUGUAAUUUUUAACGGGCAUGUUACUGAUGUCGAUGUGAUUUUUUUUGCAAUUUGUCGAGGCAGAUGUUCGACAGGGAAACGAGACGCGAAAAAAUUAUCGAGGCCAAACUGCGAGAAUUGAAAUUAAAAACGAAAACGUCAGUCAAACAGGACAACAACGCCACUAAAGACAAACACGCUCAAAUAGCUGAGGCUGAAGCCCGACUUAUACAGGAGGUGGAAAAAGAAUUCAUGGAACUGAUUGAAAUCGCUGUAUGUUUCAAAAAACGAAAUGACCUAAUGAAAAUAUUUAUUUAUUUAUUUAUUCAUUUAAGGCAUAUUUGAAAAAAAAAAACAUAAAUUUGUUUUCAGAACGAUCAACCGAAUGAUAACGAUAAGAAUAUAAACGAAUUAAAUCACCAAGAAGAAGAAGAAGAAGUUACCGGUGUAACUGAAGAUCAAACUAUUGGUCAAUAA